AUGCAACGCAUCAAAAUCUUCUCGAAAUUGUUGGCUUUUCAUCGACGACAGAAUAAUAUUGGAGAAAUGAUGGAUUUUCAGCCGAAUUCACCCGGUUAUCGAAUUACUGUAAGGCGCGAUUAUUUGUAUCAGGAUGCGUUUGAUGUGUUGGCACCGGGUUUGGUGAAUGAAAGAGGUGGAGGUGAGGAAGAUUUUGCUGGAAAUUAGGCUUUUCGCCACGAAAAAUGAGCUCAGAAAACCUUUUCAGUCAAAAAUUCGAUUAUUUAGCUGAAAAUUAGGAUUUUUAGCAUUUUCAGCACGAAAAAUGAGCUCAGGAAACCGUUUCAACCAAACAUUUGAUGAUUUAGCUGAAAUUUAGGAUUUUCAGCAUUUUCAGCACGAAAAAUGAGCUCAGGAAACCUUUUCAGUUAAAAAUUUGAUGAUUUUGCUGAAAAUUAGGAUUUUCAGCAUUUUCAGCACGAAAAAUGAGCUCAGGAAACCUUUUUCAGACAAAAAUUUGAUGAUUUUGCUGAAAAUUGGGAUUUUCAGCAUUUCCAGCACGAAAAUUCAGAAUUUGAUCGAUUUCGAGCUGAAAAUUUGAAAUUUUGAGCAUUUUCAGGCAGAAAAUUUAGAAUUUUUUCUGAAAAUUCCCAAACGACACUUCGCAUUGACACGUGGCAAUUUUUAUUAAUUGAAGAAAAUUUUGAAUUUUUUUCCACAUUAAUUUAAAUUUUUUAGAAAAAAACCCUUUUUCAUUCGAAAAUUCCACGUGAAAGAUUUUUAUCUCAAAAUUUUCAACAAAAAAAAUGUACGUUUCAAAAAUUAUGUUUAAUUUUUUAAUAUUUAUUUAAAAACCGUUCGUUCUGUCGUGGUUUUUCAGUAUAUAAAUUAAAAUCUCUCGCAAAAAUCUCUUUCCCAAUUUUUUUCAAAAUAAAAAAUCCCAAACGACACUCCGAAUUGACACUUGGCGAUUUUUAUUGAUUGAACAAAAGUUUGAAUUUUUUUUGGAAAAUCCCUAACGACACUCCACAAUUCCAAAGUGAAACUAUGUUUUUUCAGUAAGAUUAUUCAUUUGAAAAAUCGAGAACUUCUUAGCUCAACUCUAAAUUUGACUUAUGAUGUGGCAAAAAUCAUUUUUUUCCGCAGACCGUCCGGAUAUCCGCGACCCGAUCCGCGUCAAAAUGAUCAAUUGGGCUGGCCAGAAUGAGGCCGGAAUGGAUGGCGGCGGAAUUUUUCGCGAAUUUUUGAACGAAGUUUUGAAGGAGGGUUUUGAUGUGAAUAAGGGAUUGUUUCAAGUCACACAUAAUCAGUGAGUUUUUUGGCGCCAAAAAUACAGUACUCCUGGGUUACUGUACCUCAAUUUGUGCAGAAUUUUGAGGUUUUUUUUCUUAAAAAAAUUAAAAUUUCAGAAUUUGAGCUCCCAAACUUCCCGUGUGCUCCAAAUUUCAGCCAAAAUUUUUUAAUUUCAGAUUAAUCUACCCAAAUCCGCUUUCAAUAGUUGUCUAUGGUUCGGAAUAUUAUCGACAUUAUCAAUUUUUGGGUCGAAUGUUGGCCAAAUUGAUCCAGGAAAAACAAUUGAUUGAAUUACGAUUCGCCGAAUUUUUCCUGGCUCAACUUUUCGGAAGCGGCAGAUUGGAUAAUGAUGUAGAAUUGCAGCAUAUGAAGAGUUUUGAUCCAAUUCUUUUUAAGUGGGUCUUUUUUUGGGAAAAUUUGCUGAAAACGAUGAUUUCCAGCGUUUUCAGCAUGAAAAAUGAGGUCAGGGAACCUUUUCAGCAAAAAAUGAGUAUUUCCAGCAUUUUCAGCACGAAAAUGAGCUCUGGAAACUUUUUCAGCCAAAAAUUUGUGGAUUUAGCUGGAAAUUAUGAUUUUCAGCAUUUUCAGCACGAAAAAUGAGCUCAGGAAACGUUUUUCAGUCAAAAAUAUCGAUGAUUUAGCUGGCAAUUAGGAUUUUCAGCGUUUUCAGCACGAAAAAUGAGCUCAGGAAACCUUUUCAGCCGAAAAUUUGAUCAUUUUGCUGAAAAUUCGGGGUUUCAGCGUUUUCAGCACGAAAAAUGGGCUCAGGAAACCUUUUCAGCCAAAAAUUUGAUGAUUUAGCUGGAAAUUAAGAUUUUCAGCAUUUUCAGGACGAAAAAUAGGCUUAGAUGAAAUUUUCUACAAUUUUUUGGAUUUUCAGCAUUUUCAGCACGAAAAAUGAGCUCAGGAAACAUUUUCAGCCAAAAAUUUGAUGAUUUAGCCGAAAAUCUGGAAUUUUCAGCAUUUUCAGCACGAAAAAUCGAAAAUUUCAGACAUCUCCGAAGUUUGACCGAAUUUUCGAAUCAGGAAUUGGAUGAUCUACAGCUGGAUUUCAGUGUUGUCACAGAUGAAUUUGAUGAGAUCAAGGUAACCUUCAAACUUCAGCUACAGUAGUCCUGGGUUACUGUAUUUUUCUCAAAUUUUCAGAAAAUAAAUCUGAAAGCAAAUGGCUCAAAUAUUCGAGUAAAUCAGGAAAAUGUUCAAGAAUACGUUCGACUUUAUGUCAAUUAUCAUCUGAGACUCAAAUUCGCUCCAAUGGUAAAUGCGAUGAGAAAAGGGAUUAGUGAAGUGGUGAAUAUUGAAUGGUUGUCGAUGUUUUCGGUGAAUGAGAUUCAGGUUGGUGGGAUUUUUUGUUGGGCCGGGCCUAAGGGGACCUAGUGGGCUUGGGACUGAUUCAGAAAUGACCCAAUUUUAAACAAAAAUACCCAAUUUUCAGAUGAAAAUCUAGAAUUUUCAGUAGAUUUUGAAGAAAAAAUCAGAAAUUUCUUAUUUUUCGGAUAAUUUCGGAUCAUCAGACUUCAGAUAAAUUUCAGAUAAUAAAUUUAAGCGGGCCUAGUUCGAAGGUCCGUAAAAUCAUGAUUUUAGGGCUCUGAAAUUAAGUUUUUAGGGUCUUAAAGAUACUGGAAAUUUUUUUUUAAUUGAAAAAUAUUUUUUUUUUCUAAAAUUAAACAAAAUUCCAAAAUUUGCAAGCUCAAAAAUUCAAAAUUUUUCGUAAAUUUUGAAGAACAAAAUCAGAAAUAUCUUUUUUCGGAUUAUUUCGGAUCAGACUAAAAUUCAGAAAAGAAAUUUAAAAAUUUCAACCCAAAAAUAGUCCAAUUUGCAAGCUCAAAAAUUCAGAAUUUUCAGUAGAUUAUGAAGAAAAAAAAAUCAAAUUUCAAGUUUUUUUUUCAAUAUUUUCAAGUCGAAAAAAAAACAUUUUCCACAAAAAAUUUCGAUUCAGAAAAUGUCAAAAAACUUUUUUUUCCUAAUUUUGAAACCUGAAAAUCCACGUGGAAAUUUUUUGAAUCUGAAAUUCCAUGUUGCAUUUUUUCUAAAACCCGAAAAUUUUCUUGAAAAUAUUUUUCUGAAUUUUUGAGCACAAAACUGGGUAUUUUUGCCACGUGGUUUAAAUUUUUAAAUUUAUUAUCUAAAUUUUGGUCUGAUGAUCCGAAGUUAACCGAAAAAUAAGAUAUUUCUGAUUUUUUUUUCAAAAUUUACUGAAAAUUCUGAAAUUUGAGCUGAAAAUUGGACUAUUUCUGAAAUUUUCAAGUUUUUCAGACCCUGAUCGCUGGAAUCGAAACGGUGUUCGAUGUCGAUGAGAUGCGAAAACACUGUAUGUGCACCAAUAUCCGCGAUCAAACCGAUCAACAAUAUAUUCAUCUAUUCUGGGAUGUUGUUCACAAUCUAUCAGCUGAUGAUAAAACUGCUCUUUUGAAAUUUAUGACCGGAUGCUCGAGACCACCCAUUGAGGGAUUCAAGGAGAUUUUCCCGCCGUUGGGCAUUUUAUUGGUGAGGAUUUGGGGGUUUGAUGAUGUGGCAAUUAGGAAAUUUCGAAAAAAGUUUUCUGAAUUUUAAAAAUUGAGUCUGGUGACGUGGUAAAUUAGGAAUGUUCUCAGGAAAAAUAUUGAAAAUUCAGUUUUUUGUCAUUUUUCCUAUCACAGGCAAUUACAGAUAAGCUUAUUAUUAGCCUAUAAUAGACUUAUUGCUUAUUUUUCACUUAUUUUAUACCUAUAAAUUCUGUGACAUUUCUAGAACUAGUGAAACAAAUAUUUUUGAUGAAUUGUAUCAUGUUUUUGGACAUCAAGUUGCCAUUUUCAACAGUUUUACUUGAUAUAAAUCAUUUUUGAAAAUUUCAUUUUCAGUUCAAAAAUGCUUCGUGUUAUAGGCUUGUUAUUAGUCAAAAAUGAGUCUGAAGUUUAGGAAUCUCUGGACGUCUGAUUGAACUCUAGAAUUGUUAGAUGCAUGUAAUUUCCUACUUCUCACUUUCAAAUCGACCAUAAAAAAGCUUUUUUGCUAAUUUUGGGCUACGUUUAGAGAAUUUCAUCGAUUUAUUGUUGUUUUUACCAAAUUCUCAGACAAAUCACCUUCAUCUAGCACUAGGUGUAUUUCGAAACACAAUGAAUAUCUUUCAAACUUGCCCAAAAACACAUUUCCAAUAUCAUUUUCAUCAAAAAACGGGAGAAAUUCGAAAAAACAGUUCAAAAAGCGCAAGCCCCGCCCACUUUCCAUGAAAAACAUGGCGCCACGCACUACCCGCCAGAUAUAUAUCAUUGAUCGAAUUAUCGUAACUCUCAGGCUAAACUUCAGUGCCACGUCACCAGAAUCAAUGUUUUUCUCAAAAUUUGAACUGUGACGUGGCAAUUUAGAAAUGUUUCACAAAUUCUUCUGAAAUUUAGCUUUAAGUUACAAUAACUCGCUUAGUGAGCUUAGUGACGGUUUUUUCUCGACAAAUCCCGAACGACACUCCGCAUUGACACGUAGAGGUUUUUUUUGCCGCAAUUCCUCAUUUUGAAAUUUUUGUAUUUUUCUAAAAAUCCCAAACGACACUCCGCAAUUCCAGAAUUCAGUUGAAAACGUGGCAUUUCAGGGAAAUUUGAAAUUUAACUUAAAAAUUACGAUAACUCCAGGAAAAUUUUGAAAAUUCAAAAGUUUUCGAUUUUUUUUGAAUUUUUAAAAUUGAUUCUGGUGACGUGGCAAUUUAGAUAAAUUUUCAAAAAAAUAUUCGAAAAUUCAGUUUUCUCUCAAAAUUUGAACUGUGACGUGGCAAUUUAGAAAAAUUUUCAAAAAAAAAUUAGAAAAUUCAAAAGUUUUCUGAAUUUUAAAAAUUGAUGACGUGGCAGUUAGGAAAUUUUCAAAAAAAAUUUAGAAAAUUCAGUUUUUUCUCAAAAUUUGAACUGUGACGUGGCAAUUUAGAAAUGUUUCUCAAAUAUUUCUGAAAUUUAGCUUGAAAGUUACGAUAACUCGAUUAGUGAUAAAAUUAGUGAAAUUUUUCAAAAAAAAUUAGAAAAUCUAAGUUUUCGUUUUUUUCGAAUUUUUAAAAUUGAUUCUGGUGACCUGGCAGUUUAGGAAAAUUUUCAAAAAAAAUAAAAAAUUCAAUGUUUUCUCAAAAUUUGAACUGUGACGUGGCAAUUUGGAAAUCUCUAAUUUUGCAGAUCAACGAAGAGCAUCUAUUGCCAACAAGCGCCACGUGUAUGAACAUGCUCAAACUCCCAAAAUAUCAAACACGCGAAAAAUUGGAGGAAAAGCUGAGAUAUGCAAUUAAUUCAGGUGCCGGUUUCGAAUUGAUUUGA